CAAUUUUCUUCAAAUCCAAAUUGUAUCACAAUUCGUUUAGUGGUUGUCAGCCAACUCCUUGACCGGCGGUUCUUUUGGUUUUCAGACUUUCUGAACCCCGGCGACCCCUUCAGAGGCCUGCUGUUCCCGAGCGACGCCACAGCCACCAGCCAAUCCCAUCACUCCUCGAUCGGUGGUGGCUUUCGCAGUCCCUCCCAGACGCACUCGGGGUCCAGCGAUGUGCUUGGCAAGAACAAGAAGACGCGAAAGGCUCGGACGGCGUUUUCCGACCACCAGCUGAACGAGCUGGAACGCACCUUCGAGCGGCAGAAGUACCUUUCUGUGCAGGACCGGAUGCAGCUGGCGGAGAAAUUGCACCUCUCCGACAUGCAGGUGAAAACGUGGUACCAGAACAGAAGGACUAAAUGGAAGCGUCAGGCAAGUGUCGGCAUUGAACUCCUGACAGAAGCCACUCACAGCGUAAAUCGGUUGCUCCAUCAGCAUCAUCAACACCAGGAAUUGUCCGCUACCAGCUCCUCCUCCUCGCCCUCUAUGCUGUGGACUCCUCACUCCCCGUUUGAGCCCCUAUCGAUCCUCAUGAAGUCCGGGGAUGUCCCCAAACUCGCUGCCCCUCCACCACCACCACCACCACCUGCGGCUGACCUUCUCACCUUGCUAGCGACCAAUCGGCUGGAGGCUUCAAGUCUGCCAGCACAUCCACAAGGCGGCCUCGAUCUGCUCAAGUGUUUCUCCCUGCUACCACAGCAAUCCCCCACUAAGCACACUUCCAGCGUGCGUGACGCACCAAACCCCAAAACAUUUGAGCGCUUCACCACUAGGUAG